AUGUCCAAGUUAGGCAUGGAAAAAGUUGAAAACGUGGACAGAGUCACCUUACGACGAGGCCGAAACUUGUUGUACGUCAUCUCGAACCCGGAUUGCUUCAAGGCGCCGAAUUCGGACACGUACGUCGUCUUUGGCGAAGCGAAAGCGGAAGACAUGGCGGCAAAAGCGGCCGCGCAAGCGAAAGCGUUUCAAGCCGAGGCGGCAAAUGGUGCCGCGGCUGCGGCAGCAGGGGCUGGUGGGGCGCCAGGGGCGGCGAAGAUUACCUCGAUUACGGAGGAAGUCGACGAAGGCGAAGUCGACAUGGAGGGUUUGGAAGAGAAGGAUGUCGAUUUAGUCGCGACGCAGGCGAACGUGAGCAAAGGGAAAGCAGCGGCGGCGUUGAAAGCGAGCGAUGGGGAUAUCGUGAGCGCAAUCAUGGAAUUGACAAUGUAA